UGACCUAUUACCUGUUACCAUCACAUUAUAUUUUUCCUCGAUGAUAUUAAACACUGAUAAAUUGUUUUUAUAACAAAUUGUCUUAAUCAUAAUUUUAACAGUGUUAGAUACGAUGUAACAAAAAAAAGAAAUCGAUGGUAAUAAUCGUGGUAUGAACUCCCGAUAAUAUUUCUAAGAAUGGAAUCGUGAAUAGUGUAUUCGCGGCACAGUUGUUUAGUAUUAAUAUCGCGUUAUUGCAAUAGAUUUCCUUUAUGUUAAGAUGCCUAACGUUUGUAUUGUGUGUGUGAAACCAAUGCUCAAAAAUCCGAGUUCCAGGGUAUCUUUUCACGUAUUUCCAACGUGUCCAAAGAAACGGCAGUUAUGGAUCAACCAGUGUAAAUUAACUAACAAAGAAGUCUUACCAAACCAUAAGUUAUGCUCGUUUCAUUUUGAGCCCACAUGCUUUAAAUCCAAUGUAAAGAGGCGUAUACUUUACCCGGAUGCUGUACCAACAAUUUUUGAAACAGGCUAUGUUAAAAGAACAAAUUUGUCAUUAAAAAUGUUGAAAGGAAAAUCAAAAAAUUGCAGUAAGUUCAAUAAUUGUAUUCUAUGUGUGAAAUCAGCGCUAAAAUAUCCCAGCUCCAAGAUAUCUUUACACUUAUUUCCAGCGUGUCCAAAGAGACGGCAGGUAUGGCUUAAUAACUGUAAAUUAACAAACCAAGAAGUCUUACCAAACCGUAAGAUAUGCUCAUUUCACUUUGAGCCAACAUGUUUCAAAUCUACUGAAAAGAGGCGGAUACUUUAUUCUAACGCUGUACCAACAAUUUUUGGAAAAGGCCUUGUUACAAAAAGAAAUCUGCCCUCAAGAAUUGUGAAAGGAAGAUCAAAAGAUAGUAACACAGAGAUAGCAUGUCAGAAACGGCAGUCUCCUAAUAUUUUAUUUACAAAAGCCGCUAAAGAAGGGAUGUUUAGUUCUAAACGUAAGUGUCAUGAUAUUUCACCAGUUAAAGUUGGCAAAGAAGUAUUUAAACAUGUAAAAAGUAUUGCAACUAAUCGAAAAAGAGAAUUUGAUAAACUCGAUGGAGCUGUUACUAAACUAAAAAGUAAAAAGUUAUCGUUUAUGUCAGUAUUGAAACUUGUUCGGAUUCAAAUUUCAUUGGGUAACAGAAUAAAAUGAUUUACAACUGGUAGAUGGACCAUUUUAAACAAUCUAUAUGUUAAUCUAAUAAACACUGCUAUAAGUGAUUUAUAUAUAUAUAGCAUAAUGCAAGACGUAUUAUACUUCAAUUUAAUUGUUAGAGAAAAAGUUAUUUAUUUGUUAAAGUUUAAGAUAAGAUCAUUCUUUUUCUUUUUGAUAUCCAAAUAUUUUUUUUCCAAUUUUUUUUUAAAAUUGUUUUUUUAUGUGGAUCACAUGUUGAUAAAUGUUUUUUUUGAGUAAACAAAUAAUUAUAAUAAAUAUAUAGUGUUUUAGA